AUGACUGCCAGAAACUCGGCACCAGUCCAAAUUUUCCCCGGCAAAGGCCUGGGCUUUAUCACUCUCGGUGCUUCUCUCCACAACGUCUUGACCCGAGUGAAAUCCCAUCCACACAUUUAUCCUGCGAUCGAUUUAGCAUAUUCAUCUACGGACCCUCUCUCCAAACCAGUGGUGUUGCAGUUGCCCUCCAACGGCCUACGUCUCCGCUUUGACGGACCCGAUCAGAGACUCAGGCUUAUUGAAGUGCUGGACUUCUCUCGAAUUGAUCUGAUCUACAAAAGCCAGGAUGUGCUCAAAGGUGGCAAGGUGGACGAGCUGGCGAGCUCUCCCCAAGGCCCCAGUUUCCGACAUGUCUAUAACCGCUUGUUCGGUCCAUCUUUCCCGGGCGAGUAUGUUCCGCCAGCGGAUAGAUCCUCAUAUGGUACCUAUGUGCUGUCAUAUCCGGGUAUCGCAUUUUCAUUCCCGCUCCAACAUUCGGCUUGGUCCGACCAGUGUGAUUUUGUAGCUCUGCUUUCGUCUUCCGCUGCUCUGCCGGCAACAUCCAUGUCAAUCUUUCAAGGGCCGUCCUGGCCCGAGAUUCGCAUGAAACUUUUCACCCAGCCACCUCAGGGCCCUCGAUUCUCUGCGGUUGUCGGUAAAUCACGUGAUUCGUUCGCCGAUGAGAUUGAGGAAAUCCAUAUCCUAGGCGCUGGCAAGUUAGAAGUUAUUCGGCGAACGAAUCCACCGUUGGUCAUACACCUUGGGGAAACCACCCCUCAAGAUCUGAUCGCUGGAUUCGGACCUCCAGAUGCCAUUUAUCGUAAACAUGACCGACGGAUAUCCAUACACCGCGCAACAGGUGCUGGUGGUGGGGAUCCUCUACAUAUGAGCCCCCCGCCAGGACGAGCGAUGGAUAUCCCUGAUACUGAUCAUUCCUCCAGUAACAGCGUGACAGAUGACUCGGACGAGGAAAUCUCUCCAGGCAAUAUUGGUGAUCCAACUACACUACCGGCAGAAUGUUUUUUCAAUUACUUUCAUCAUGGCUUUGAUGCCUUUAUAUCAUAUCCCACCAUAGCAGGGCCGGCCUUCCCAAACUCUGGGAUCUCAGAUCCAUCCCCUCCGCCAACUUCAUCUCAACCGACUGUAACAAAAUUGGUUCUGCAUGGAAAUGUGCCAGGGUCAUAUCCCUUCAACCGUCACCGCCGAAGUCGUUGGAUGAUUCACCUCGACGAAUCCGGCGAUAGUCUUACCUCUGAGACGCCAUAUGAUGAAAUCUCCAAACAGCUUCGUGAUUCCUGGAAAGGGUCAUAUAGCAGUCAGGCAGAAGAGCGCGCAACACAACGACCCAUGGUGUUGAAUCGAGGCUGGGGUGAAAGUCCAGAGAGUAGCGUCGAGUUUCUUGGGGGCUGGGAAGAAACCACUGCUCGAGGGCCCAGAACUGGUCCGGAUGGCCAGGAUGGCGGCUUGGGUAAUACGGAACUAUUUGGGUUCCCGGGUCUCCUUUUUGAAGUAUUAAAGAACGGCGCAGUCAGUUGUCUGACGAUCUAUUAA